CAAAAGGAUGAGGAGAAUAAGCGGAAGGAUGCGGUUAAUAAGCAAAAGGAUGAGGAGAAUAAGCGAAAGGAUGAGAAGAAUAAGAGGAAGGCUGGGGGCAAUAUGAGGCAUGGGGGCAACACGAGGAAGGAUGGGGGCAACACGAGGAAGGAUGGGGGCAACAAGAGGAAGGAUGGGGGCAACACGAGGAAGGAUGGGGGCAACACGAGGAAGGAUGGGGGCAACACGAGGAAGGAUGGGGGCAACACGAGGAAGGAUGGGGGCAACACGAGGAAGGAUGGGGGCAACACGAGGAAGGAUGGGGGCAACACGAGGAAGGAUGGGGGCAACACGAGGAAGGAUGGGGGCAACACGAGGAAGGAUGGGGGGAAUAAGAUGAACGAAAAUCGCGGGGCAGUGGACGCGGGGCGAGUUCAGAUGCCAGCCGCUGCCUUCCUGUCACCCCUCCCCUCACCACCCCUCUCACCACCCCUGACCCUUCAUGCCCCCACCCCCCUGGCUCUCCUAUCACCGCAGGGCAGCGCAUGGCAGUGGCUGUGGGGCGAGUUCACCUGCUGGCCUGCCUGCCACCCCCCUUUCAUCGGUUCCCCUCACCACACCACACCGCUCUCCCCUACCUCCCCACCCAACCCAACAGCAGGGCAGCGCAUGGCAGUGGACGUGGGGCGAGUUCAGCUUCCUGCCUGUGCCGUGGACCGCUCAUGGGAGGAGGAGCUCAUGUGCACCCACCUGUUCAUGCACGAGUCAGUUCAUGUGCCUGUGCCGUGGACCGCUGCUCCUUCAACGAGCGCACGCGUGGGGCUAGCAGCAGUUUCUCUGAAGGCCCUGGGGCCUGUCUGCUACCCCAUCACAACCACACUCCAUCUGACCCUCCCCUCCCCCAUUCCUGCCUGCAUCCAGGAGCGCACGAGUGCGCGUGUGGGGCGGGAAGCGGUCUCUCUGAAGGCCCUGGGGGCUCAUUGCUACCCCACCGCAACCACACCCACUCCUCUGACUCGUCCUUCUGUCUGCCCUUCUCCUUGCUGCCUCCAGGAGUGCACGUGUGGGGCGGGCAGCGGUCUCUCUGAAGGCCCUGGGGCCCCUCUGCUAUGCCGUGGCGGCUUCCAAAGCCUUUCCUAA